CAAGUACCAGUGGCGGCGGCGGCGGCACCCACCACUCAUUCUGUAUUAUCGAAUGACCAUCGGCAGACGAUGUCGACAGAUAUUUAUUCAUCAUCGCUUCACUCUGGAUUUUGUCCACCAUCGCUUCAAUCGGCAUUUAGUCCCCCGAUGGCUCAUCACCUUUCUAAGGCAGUUUUUGGAGAUGACUCCUCCUCGACAUGGUCUGAGGCGAGCGAAGACUCUAAUUCGUUAUUACGUCAAUUGCUGACAGCACCGCUUAAAAAGAAUACGUAUUUUUCACCGAUGCAGAGCGCAUUUCAAGCUCUGUCAAAAUUGUCGGAAGCGGAAUCGUGCUCUACCCCGUCCUUUUCCUCGGAGGAGCAGCUGGAAAGGGAAUACGAGUCUGUUACCACUUUACAACAACUAGUGGCCAUCACCGUAAACGACGACGUUCCAGUCACUCCUUCGAGCGUUACGGGUGAAGAUAUGACAGACGAGGACGUGGCAAUGGUAGCCGACCUGAUUGAUUCGGUCUACAAAAAAGACUCUAAAAGCGACAAAGUAGAAGAUUUCUUUGAAACUGCUCUGCAUCAGGCCAUGUGUGAAUACAAUUGCCAACACGAAGGAGACGAAGAAGAGGAGGAGGUCAAACGCCUGCCUGUGGACCUGGUGAAUAAGGUGGUGGCGAAAGUUGUGACGGAGACUGAAGAGCUCGACGAGGAGGUCAUCCUCCCCCCAAAAAGUCACAAGAUUCCAUCCUUGCAGGAGCAGCGGAGCAAGACCGUGUCUCUUUAUGACGAAAUACAAGAAUAUCUAGACAGUUUAGAUUAUGAGGUGUAAAUAAAGAAUUGUACAUAUACCGGA